AUGAGGAAAACAUCAUCAUCCCCUUCGCAAUUGGUGGUCCUGCUAGGAGUAUUUUUUGUUUUGUUGUGUAUCUAUUUCCCUUUCGUACGAUCAGCAACGAAGGUCGAUUGUACAAAGACUUGUGCUCCCGGUGUUGAUCCGCUCACUGGAGUUCAAUCUUCUUGUAAAAAGAAUCAGGCUACCAAAGUUGUCAUUGAGUUGAGUAAUAGUAAUGAAACAAGUACUUUUUAUCCAUUUUGUGUUUUAGUUGAUGAGUUGGCUGAAAUUAUUCUCAACGGAUCGAGUAUCUUCAUGAACGUGAGUGAGAACAGUACAGUAACUGUGUGGGUUGGAAACACCAAGUCUGAAUCUGUUUAUUUCAGAAGCCUAAAGUCAAUUUCAGGAAGAGAUUCUUUCACUCUCUAUUAUACAAUUGCUGUUACAUUAGAUGGAGGACUCGUAAAUCAAACCUCUAUCCUCAAUAGACAACCAAUUGAAUUUAUUGAUAACUGUGACGCUGCUAAGGAACAAUGCUCUGUUGAUAUUUCGUUGCCAUGUGUUCGUCAAAGACAAUGUGGGCAGUACUUUGACCAAGCAAGUAACACAGACGUAAAAAUUUUCGUUUCAUGGACAGGAACUGACAACACAGGAACGCCUUUGAGAAGUUAUGGAUUGUUACCAAGCAAUUUCCGUUUCUUGGCAUUUGAAAAUUACUUUAGCUCUUUCAAGAAUUUGCUCACACCAAAAGAGAAUUAA